GAAAGGGUGGGGAGCGUGAAAUUCACAGCUGUGCCUUUAGUCUUAUCUGUUUUGGAAACACAAUUCAAACCUACAGGCAUCCAGUGCUGUUUCUGUGUCUAUGUAGUGAUGGCAGAGGCACACCAGGCAGUAGCGUUUCAGUUCACCAUCACUGCAGAGGGGAUCAACCUGCACCUCUCCUACCAGGCCCUCAAUCAAAUCUACCUCUCUGGAUUGCGGUCCUGGAAGAAACGCAUCAGCAGGAUUAGAAAUCAUAAAAGGUGUAUACCCAGCUAGCCCCUCCUCCUUGCUUUUUGUUGUCAUAGCAAUCCUGGCCACUAUGUACAUGCAGUCCGAUCCGUCUAUGGGCCUAAUUGCUAAGAUACAGGAGCACCUGCCCCUCAGUCUGUCUUUGAGUGCUCAGGGGCAGACUAUGCUGUCAGCAUUGGUGUUCAGUACUCUGCUGUGGUUGUCCCUCAUUCUGGCUCUGAAGUUCUGUCUGAAGCUUCUCCUGUCGUACCAUCAAUGGAUGUUUGAGAAACAUGGUUGCAUCUCUACCAAGACCAAAGUCUGGGCGACGCUAGUUCGGUUGCUGUCUAGUAAGAAACCAUUACUCUACAGUUAUCAGACUUCUUUACCACACCUGCCUGUUCCUUCCAUUAAAGACACACUGGAAAAAUAUCUUGAGUCCGUGAAGCCUUUGCAAAGUGUGACUGAUUUUCAGCAAAUGACAAGACUGGCUGCCGAGUUUGAGAAAAGUCUGGGUAGCCACCUUCAAAGAUAUCUCAGACUCAAAGCCCUGUGGGCCACCAACUAUGUUAGUGAUUGGUGGGAGGAAUAUGUUUACCUCCGUGGGCGGAGUCCCAUCAUGGUCAACAGUAACUAUUAUGGCAUGGACUUCCUGUAUGUGACACCUACGACUAAUCAGGCAGCUCGAGCUGGAAAUACCAUCACAGCCCUGUUUCUAUAUCGCCGCAAGGUCAACCGAGAGGAGCUCAAACCUAGUCGUAUUCCUGGCACAGUCGUACCACUGUGUGCAGCUCAGUGUGAACGCAUGUUCAACACCACACGCACACCUGGAGAGGAGACAGAUGUGCUGCAGCACUGGCAGGACAGUGAGUUUGUCGCUGUGUACCAUAGGGGGCGGUACUUUAAGUUAUGGGUCUACAGAGCGGGACGCCUGCUGUCACCCAGAGAGAUCCAGUAUCAGAUUCAAAGGAUUCUGGAUGACCCCUUACCUCCUUUUCCAGGAGAGGACAAACUAGGAGCCCUAACUGCAGGAAACAGGGUGCCCUGGGCUCGGGUCCGGAAACAGUAUUUCAGCUCUGGUGUGAAUAAGCAAUCGUUGGACAGCAUUGAGAAAGCUGCUUUUUUUGUCACACUAGAUGAUGAGGAAGAAGGUAUGAUUGGGGAAGAAACAUCUAUGAACUUGGACCGCUAUGCCAAAUCCCUUUUGCACGGCAAAUGCUAUGACAGGUGGUUUGAUAAGUCUUUUUCUGUCAUGGUAUAUAGGAAUGGAAAGAAUGGACUGAAUGCAGAACACUCUUGGGCUGAUGCUCCUAUAGUGGCUCAUCUGUGGGAGUUCACUCUCGCCACAGAUACAUUUCAGUUGGGUUACACCACAGACGGAAACUGCAGGGGAGAGGUUGAGCACUCCUUACCACCUCCUCAACGUUUAAGCUGGGACUUACCAUUGGAGGUUCAGGCUCAGGUUUCUGAGUCUCUUGCUGUUGCACAAGCACUAGCUGAUGAUGUGGACUGUCAUGUUUUUCCCUUCAAAGAAUUUGGCAAAGGCUGCAUCAAGAAAAUGAAAAUCAGCCCAGAUUCUUUUGUUCAGCUGGCCCUGCAGCUGGCCUAUUACAGGGAUAGAGGGACAUUCUGCCUGACUUAUGAGGCCUCAAUGACACGUCUAUUUUGUGAGGGUCGCACCGAGACUGUGCGCUCCUGCUCCAAUGAAAGCUGUGCCUUUGUCUGUGCGUUGGUAGCUGGAGAGGACAGAGAGCAAUGCAGUAAGCUGUUCAGAAAGGCUGCUGAGAAGCAUCAGAACCUCUACCGUCUGGCCAUGACUGGAUCUGGCAUUGACAGGCACCUCUUCUGCCUGUAUGUGGUCUCAAAAUACCUGGGGACAGAGUCACCUUUCCUGAAAGAGGUGUUGUCAGAGCCCUGGCGCCUCUCCACCUCUCAGACCCCUGUGCAACAGAUGGAGCUGUUUGAUCUGGUGAACCAUCCUGAGUUCAUCUCACCGGGAGGAGGCUUUGGUCCGGUGGCUGAUGAUGGUUACGGUGUGUCCUAUAUCAUCAUGGGAGAGGAAAUAAUCAACUUCCAUGUGUCCUCCAAGCACUCCUGCAAAGAGACUGAACGACAUCGAUCCACAUCGAUCUCAAACACUCGCUGCUCAAGAACAACCAUAAAAACAACAACAACAAAUAAUUGCGCUCCUUUCCUGCUUAGUGUUGGACUCCACUGCUACGUGUUGCUGAAUGAUGACAAACUAUAGCCUGUACUAGCCAGACAUCACUUCAGUCUUUUAUGAUGGACUUAAGAGGAUGAACUGAUGCCAACUCCAAAUGCAAGACAUUGGAUACUUUAUAUGCCACUGCCUGAACCUUGGAUUUAGGAUGGACCCCACCGAACCUCACCAAAAUUACCAUACCAGUUGAACUGCAAUGCACCUCAUUGAUCUCUGCCUGCAUCACCUUUGUCUAUUGAUGGACUACACUCUUGAAAUGGAAUACAUAGACUAUCAAAAAAUUGCCAACAAAAACCUUCAUCAGCCAACUAACAAAGGACCAUGCAUCUAUGUGAUCUUCUGCAGCUAAUCCACGAUGGACUUCAAAGUCAUUAAUCAUUAAUCUUGUGUAAUUAUGUGUAUAACAGAUGUUUAAAUUGUGCUGUGUUUAUUUGAUGUUAUUGUAAAUUGGUAUAUGUCUCAUCACUGUCACGACUGCUAUGUUGAUCAGAACUGCACCCAAGAAUUUCACACACCAUUGCACUUGUGUAUAUGUCUGUGUGACAAUAAAGUGAUUUGAUUUUU